AAGCUUCUGCCCUAACCAACAGGGCGCUCACUUGUAAUUUGUUUACUGACACUGACCGUUUAAACCGACGUUACUUGCUCUGUUUUUUGUACUUUUUAAUGUUCCGCCUAACGUUUAGUAAGGAUUGUACAAAUGCGUGCCGAAACUGAUCCGCAACGAGAAUCCCGCGAGCUAGCCGAAGAGGGAAGCAGCCGGCAGUGAACGCUCUUGUCUUCCACGGGCUGUUUGUCCGCAGCAGUCGCGAGCUCAGCAGCGUCUCCUCACGAGGACAGCCAGCCCAGUCCUGUCAGCGCGCGGCUGUGUUGUGGAAGAUGGCGCUAGCCGAAUGGAAAUCCUAAUGACAGUCUCAAAAUUUGCUUCUUUUUGUACCAUGGGCGCCAAUGCCUCUGCUCUGGAGAAAGAGAUUGGAUCUGAGCAGUUUCCGGUCAAUGAGCACUACUUUGGCCUGGUCAACUUCGGGAACACCUGCUACUGCAACUCGGUGCUGCAGGCUCUGUACUUCUGCCGGCCGUUUCGGGAGAAGAUCCUAGCGUACCGCAGCCAGCCCCGGCGCAAGGAGAACCUGCUGACCUGCCUGGCGGACCUGUUCCACAGCAUCGCCAACCAGAAGAGGAAAGUCGGCGUCAUACCGCCCAAGAAGUUCAUCACCAGGCUACGCAAGGAGAACGAGCUGUUUGACAACUACAUGCAGCAGGAUGCUCACGAGUUCCUGAACUACCUGCUGAACACCAUCGCAGACCUGCUGCAGGAGGAGAGGAAGCAGGAGAAGUCAAACGGCCGUCUCGCCAACGGCACAUUGGACUCCCAGAACAACAACAGCAACGCCACGCCCGCUCCGACCUGGGUCCACGAGAUCUUCCAAGGCACGCUGACCAACGAGACGCGUUGUCUCACCUGUGAAACCAUAAGCAGCAAAGAUGAAGACUUUCUGGACCUCUCUGUGGACGUAGAGCAGAAUACCUCCAUCACACAUUGCCUCAGAGGGUUCAGCAACACAGAGACGCUGUGCAGCGAGUACAAGUACUACUGUGAGGAAUGUAGAAGCAAGCAGGAGGCGCACAAGAGGAUGCGCGUAAAGAAGCUGCCCAUGAUCCUGGCCCUGCACCUGAAGCGCUUUAAGUACAUGGAGCAGCUGCAGCGGUACACCAAGCUGUCCUAUCGCGUCGUCUUCCCCCUGGAGCUCCGUCUCUUCAACACCUCCGGAGACGCCACCAACCCCGAGAGGCUGUACGACCUGGUUGCUGUGGUGGUGCAUUGUGGGAGCGGUCCAAACAGGGGUCACUAUAUCGCCAUUGUAAAAAGUCACGACUUCUGGCUGCUCUUUGACGACGACAUCGUAGAGAAAAUCGACGCCCAGGCCAUAGAGGAGUUCUACGGCCUCACCUCCGAAAUCUCCAAGAACUCCGAGUCGGGCUACAUCCUCUUUUACCAGUCCAGAGACUGAAGCGGAGGUGGAGCCGGGGCGCUUUGCCACGCGGUCCCACAGAGACGCUCUCUACGAACUUCACGUGGAGGAAGAGGAGGAGGAGGAAGGGGGGGCAGCCGAUUGUAAAGCCGCACGGCGUGGUAGCUGCCGUAGUGCCCGUGCUUUCUCUGCAGCUCAGCCGUGGCAGUUCCCUCUACUUACCAUGUCCUUCCUGCACCCCCCGCCUCCCCCCCUUACAUCCACCGCCGCUGCGAGGACAGAGACUAUAACGAAUGAAACUGUGUCGAGAUAGUUUAAAAAAAAAAAAAAAAGACUGAGGGUUGUACAGAUAUCGACUGGCUGUAUGAGUGGUGUUCUAGUUUUUGCCUUGGGUGUGGGGUGAGUGGGUAUUUAAUUCAUAUGACGUAAUAUCGGCCUGGAGUCUUCGCCUCCCACAAUGUUAACCUAAACUGUGACGGAUGCUUCUUCUUCUUUUGUUUAUUUGGGUCAUGGAUGUAACGGAGGGUGGACAGGAGGUGGGUGCCCUCACCCUACAGAGAGAGAGAGAGCACUGGGCUGUGUGUUUCUAGUGUACAGAAUGGUAUUUGUAUAAAUAUUUCAUUAAGAUAUUAUCAUUGAAAAAAAUAAAAAUAAAAAAAUGUUAGACUUGGAGAAGAUGUAUUAACACUAUGGUGCACUUUUGAUACUGUUUUGUAGGUGUUGGCAAGCUUAAUGUGACGGGAGGGGGGGGGGGGGGAUUGCUUGCUCGAAAAGGCCUGUUGUGAAGCGAUCAUUUUCUGUUUUAAAGAAAAAGAAAUAAAGCCAAUAAGAUCGA